AAUGAAAUUUACAAAAGUUUCUCUCUAGUCUAGUGGUCUACACCUGAUUAAUUAAUUAAUUAAAACCAAAUGGCUGACCGACUAAAAUCCCAUUGGCCUCAACGUAUCAGACUAUCUCCACCUCCACUUUCAAUUUUUUUUCCAUAGAUAUUCAACUUCUUCUUAAACCAACAACUUCAAUAGUAAUUAAGCCAUGUUGAAGCCGGAGAGGAACCCAUUUUCUUUAGUUUUGAAAUUCUACCUAUCCUUACUUGUUCCUUAUUGUUUAUCUGCAGCAGCACCCACAGGCACAGACCACAUCACUUCUUGUUUGACUCAUCAUAACAUUAAAAACUUCACCACAAUCCCUGGCACUGGCCAUGGAGGCAUAGAAAAUGAUCAGUCAUCAACAGCUUACUAUGAGCUCCUCAACUUUUCCCUUCAAAAUCUGAGGUUCGUUGAGUCCACGAUUCCCAAGCCAAUAGCCAUUAUACUGCCAGAGACUGUGGACCAGCUACUGCACACUUUGAUUUGCUGUAGAGAAGGGUCGUUGGAAAUUAGAGUAAGGAGCGGUGGACACAGUUAUGAAGGGACAUCGUACGUUGCCACUGAUGGAGCUCCAUUUGUCAUUAUCGACAUGAUGAAUUUGAAUCGAGUUUUGGUGGAUUUGGAAACUGAAACAGCCUGGGUAGAGGGGGGAGCCACACUUGGUGAGACUUACUAUGCCAUUGCUGAGUCAAGCAAAGGUAGUCAUGGAUUCUCAGCUGGGUCAUGCCCCACCGUAGGGGUUGGUGGGCAUGUUGGAGGUGGUGGAUUUGGCUUUUUGUCCAGGAAAUAUGGACUUGCAGCUGAUAAUGUAGUGGAUGCACUUCUUAUUGAUGCUAAUGGAAGGUUGUUAUCCCGGGAAGAUAUGGGAGAGGAUGUGUUUUGGGCAAUUAGAGGAGGUGGUGGUGGAGUUUGGGGGAUUGUGUAUUCUUGGAAAAUCAAAUUGUUGAAAGUGCCACCAACUGUGACUGCUUUCAUAGUCUCUAGACCAGGCACCAAAAGCCAUGUAGCAGAGUUAGUAUACAAGUGGCAAUACGUUGCACCCUACUUAGAAGAUAACUUCUAUUUGUCAUGCUUUGUCGGUGCUGAUCUGCCAGAAGCUGUAAGUCUAGGAAUAUCAGCUACGUUUAAUGGGUUUUAUCUGGGUCCUAGGAGCAAAGCCAUAUCCAUUCUAAACCAGGUGUUUCCUGAGUUGGGUAUUGCAAAAGAAGAUUGCAAGAAAAUGACUUGGAUUGAAUCAAUUGUAUUCUUCUCUGGCCUAAUCAAUGACAGCUCAGUCUCAGACAUGAAAAAUAGGUAUCUGGAAGACAAGGGAUAUUUCAAGGUCAAAUCUGACUAUGUGAGAACUCCAAUUUCUAUUAUGGGCUUAAGGGCUGCCCUGGACACACUUGACAAGGAGCCCAAGGGUCAUGUCAUCUUAGACCCUUAUGGUGGGAUUAUGCAAAAUAUAAGCAGUGAAUACAUCCCUUUUCCACAUAGAAAAGGCAAUCUUUUUUCCAUUCAGUAUAUAGUGACUUGGAAAGAAGAAGAUAAUUACAGAAGCAGCGAGUACAUAGAUUGGAUAAGAGGAUUUUAUGAUUCAAUGGCACCAUUUGUUUCAAAGGGUCCCAGGGCUGCUUAUGUUAAUUACAUGGACUUUGACCUUGGCGUGAUGAAAUUGGUUAAUGCUAGUGUUCAAACAGAGGAUGCUGCAGAGGUUGCCAGGCUAUGGGGAGAAAAGUACUUCUUGAAAAAUUACGAUAGACUAGUUAGAGCCAAGACACUUAUUGAUCCAAAUAAUGUCUUCCAUAAUCAACAAGGUAUUCCUCCAAAUCCCCCAACCAAUUUCAAAGCAAAUAUAUAAAGAGUGAGAUCCUGAGAUGUAAACUGGUAAGUUAAGAACAAAAAUCUGUAUUCUAGUGUGUAAGCAUGUUAGAAUCACAGACGCAAACUAGAUUUGCUGGUCUCUGUGUGUGUGUGUGUGUGUGCGUGAAAGUUGUUCCUAUUUCUAUGUUCAUCUCUGCAUAACUAAAAAGUUCUACGACCACACAAAUGCUAAGCUGUAGAACACAAGGAUCACGAGUGCGGCCUAAUCAAUUCAAUUUCAAUCAUUUCCUAUGAUUACAUAUUAAGUUCCAAGCAUACUACAAAAUAACCUUUGUCUACUUUCACACAAUAAUGUACUUUUGAGUCAAUUUCAUUAAAAAUGGAAUAAAGGAUUCGUAUUCGGCUCAGUAUCUCUA